AUGCAUAUGCACGGUGCGCUGCGACAUCGUGCGUGUGCCCCCGCAUCAGUGCGUGCAUUUUCGUCUAUAUCGUGCUCAGCAAGGCAGUCGACGCCUCGUAUUGCUGCGACUGCUGGUCGUAGUCCUGCCUCGUCGACCAACGACGCUUAUCAUCGCCAGCGCCGUGCAGAGUGGAUCAUCGUCGGCGUAGCCGGCUCAGCUGCCGCGUUUGGUACUUGGUAUUACUGGAACCGCCGAGAAUCGCGUCAAAUGAACGAGACACGCAGUAAAUUUUCGCUCAGCUCGAGCACCCCAACAUCUUUUACGAUUCCUGUUCGUUCUAAGCAGACGGGACAGCCCCAUUUUCGUGUUAUCACGCCGCUGACGGAGGAGCAAGUGAAUGCGCGUCUACGUGAAAAUGAGAAUAGCACACUCGUUGAUCGACCUGCUGGAGCUUGUCUGGUGGCGCGGUAUGACACGAACAGCGUCGCAAGCAAUGCGUCCAACGAGGAUCGGCACGCCGAAGUCAUUGUCGAGCGCGAUCGCGGCAUCAAUGAUCCACCGCAGCACGGAUUGCGAGAAACAACGGAUGCACAGACAGCUGCACCUGUACGUGGCGACUUGUGCUUUUUUACCGUCAUGGAUGGACACGGUGGUGACUUUACAUCCCAGGUUUUGUCGCGGAAGCUCGUGGCUUUUGUCGCCCUGGAGCUAGAUAAGGUAUUCAAGGAGACAGGAGAGUAUGCUCACAUGGCGCGCUCGAAAGUCUCGACCAUGUCUACUCUAUGGAACUCGCUUUUGGGCUCGAAUCACCAUCAUGUUGCAGCCCUCGACGGUGAUCCAGAUAUUGUGAAGCGCGCCUUGAUCAAGGGCUUCCGAGGCCUCGAUAAGGAAAUCACAAAUACGCCUCUUGAGCUGCUCAAGCAGUAUGAGCUGAGUUUGGCUUCUGUCUCGAAGCACCACAAUACCAGCGACGACGCACACUCACUCUCGUCUCUUGCCCACAGUAUUUGGCCGUCAUCCUUGGGCCAGCCAAAGAACACAUCUUUCUCUACCAUGUCUCAGGGAUCGGCUUACGAGAGUAUUUUACCUGCUAUCAGUGGGAGCUGCGCCUUGAUGGUGUAUGUCGACAGUGCUCGUCGCGAUUUGUACGUGGCGUCUACGGGCGACUCUCGUGCCGUAGCAGGAUACUGGGACGAACGCGCCGGACGCUGGGAAGUCGAAGCGCUGAGUGUCGAUCAGACAGGCAGGAACCUCGCUGAAGUUCGACGUAUACAGCGCGAGCAUCCUCCGGACGAAGCCGCCUUUGUGAUCCAACGUGGCCGUGUCUUGGGCGGCUUGGAACCCACUCGGGCCUUUGGCGAUGCCCGCUACAAGUGGGAUCGCCAGACGCAGAAGCGCAUUGCAGAGGCAUUCCUUCCUGAAAAGUAUCGGCGCAUGACACCCGCAGCCCUCAAGACGCCGCCUUAUGUGACAGCUGAGCCACUUGUGCAGUGGCGACGCAUAGCUCCAUUCCAAGACGCUCUCACACCCGCGUAUGCCUCUGCUUCCAAGUCAGGCGCGUCGCUAAGUCCAGCUGCGACCACCCCCGUGUCAGCGUCGUCAUCGCGUGAAUUACGCUUUAUCAUUAUGGCAACAGAUGGGCUAUGGGAUUUGAUGUCGAAUGAAGAAGCCGUGGGCCUUGUAGCCGGUCACUUGGCCGGCAUGCGUGGCUCUGUGCGUGCGGACAAGCUGCAGCGUUUAUGUUUCCAGCCCCAAUCCAAGUCCAACACGGCGGCGAUGCCUGCAUCAUCCUCCAACGAGACCCUGGAACAAGUGCAGCACGGACCAUCUCACCCCUUACUCAAAUCGCCCAACCACCAGCAGACGUUUACGUUCGAAGACGAUAACCUGAGUACACAUCUCGUGCGCAAUGCCUUGGGAGGUGCAGCACGCGAACGCGUGGCGGGUCUCCUCGCGAUCCCCAGCCCGGAGUCGCGUCGUUUCCGCGAUGACAUUACGGUCAAUGUGAUUCUAUUCCAUGCCGCGACUACCUCCACACCUAACGAACGCUCCACCGAGAAGGGGACGACGACGCCGACAUCACCCACCUCAUUGCCCCCCUCUCCCUCGCCCAUGACAGCCAAGCUGUGA